AUGGAGCUCUUCUACCACGCCCCGCUGAGUCUCUGGGCCAUCCCCGCUUUGAUCCGAGAUAACCCCAUGGUCCCGGUGCAUCUGCUCGCGUUUGGCGUGCAGGCCUUCGUGACUAGUCUGGCCUGUCUGGUGCAGGUGUGGAGCUGGCCCGAUAGAUCGGUGGCGCAGAAGCAGAGUAUUACCCUGCUGUAUGGGCCUUAUGUUGCUCUAGGGGCGUUUAUGGCGCUGGAUAUGGUCUUUAGGUUGAGGGGGAAGUUGCUGGGGAAGAGGAAGCUGGCGUAG